AUGAAUCAUGUUAUUCCCAAUGAUGAGGUUGAACCAAUAGAAGUAGUUGCUGCACCUGAUGAUGAUGAGAGACAAUAUCCUGAGUUUGUUGACAAGUGGGAUAUGCUAGAAUUUGAGGACUAUGAUGGAGACAUUUUCACAGGGGCACAAUUUGAAGAGACUGAUGAAGAGGAGGAGGAGGAAAACAUAGUUAUGGGGGUGGAUGAGCAAGGAGAGGGUGAUGAUGUACCAAGAAAUGAUUAUGACAGAGAUAAUCCAUCCUUAAAAGAAGGCAGCACAUUUGCAUCGAUGAUCGAAUUUAGGAAUGCACUUGCUACCUAUUGCAUCAAAGGUGAGUAUGAUUAUGUAAUUGAAAAGAGUGAGCCAACAAGAAUGACUGUUCAUUGCGCAUUUGAGAGGUGUCAGUGGAGGAUACAUGCUUCCUGUAUGCGGAAUAGUACAAUUAUUCAGGUCAAAGUGAAUCCAUCUCCUCACACUUGUCCAAGUGAAAGAAAAGGGUCACAUAAGGUAGCUAAAAGUAGAUGGUGUGCAGAUGCAGUAUUAGAAUGGGUGACAGAUAACCCAUGCAUUGGUACAACUGAACUGGUAAAGAAGAUUAUAGAGAAGUACAACAUUUUGGUGCCUUACAUGAGAGUGUAUUAUGGCAAGGAAAUGGCUCUUGACAAGAUUUAUGGCCCAUGGAAGGAAAGCUUUAACUUAUUAUUCACUUUCAAAGCUGAAGUGGAGAAGGCGUGCCCAGGUAGUGUUGUUGAGAUUGACCAUCAUACGGUGGAUUAUAAAGUGAAUGGCAAGAUUUUGAACAAAGAAUGUUUUAGAAGGGUGUUCGUUUCAUUCAAAGCAUGUUGGAGUGGGUUCUUAGCUGGUUGCAGGCCUUAUUUAGCAGUGGACGCAACAGCUCUUUAUGGGAGGUUUAGAGGCCAGUUAGUAGCUGCUUGUGCCAUUGAUGCACAUAAUUGGCUCUUUCCAGUGGCUUAUGGUGUCCUCGAGGCAGAGUCAACAGAAAGUUGGACAUGGUUCCUACAAAAUUUGCGUCAGACUGAUUACGGUGAACAGUUAUCUGCAAACUGGUGCAGAUUCAAGCAAACUGAACUGAACUGGUGCAGAUUGACUGAAUCUGCUAAAAUUCUGCAGACUGAACUGAACUGGAUACUGAAUUCUGCUAAAAUUGGUGCAGACUGA